AUGCUUCCUUCAUUUCUUCUCUCCUCAUUGCUGUGUCUUUCCACGGUCUCAGCUCUCCCCAACCCAAUUCUGGCAGAGCGUGCGGCCUGUGACUGCACUGGCACACGUAAUGGUGGUUCCAACUCCAAGGACUACAUCUGCCGUGAUGCCAGACUCGGUCCUUUAAAGCUUCCCAGAAAGUUGCCGUUAAGCACCUUUGUCGAGAGCUACAAUCGAUUUGGUGGCCUAACACCAGCCCAGUUUCUUUUGACAUGGACCGAUGAGAAGGGAAGCUACAGGUACCCUCCACAGAACGGUUUCCAACUUGAUGCUGACGGCAAUGCCAUCAACGGAAGUAUGAUUCUUCCUGUCGGAACACUUGUAGACCGAUUUGGAAGCGAAUAUGGAUCAUUCAUCUCUGCAGCUGCUGCUCCCUAUUCACAGAGGGCUCUGCCUCCUUCAAAUCUGGCCACAAACCCUGAUACACCCGACUUCCCUUACAACUACCACGUGUAUCGUGUAAUCAAGCCGCUUCCAGUCGUGGGAGGACCCAUUGCGCCGUGGUUUGGUCAACCUGGUCUCGGAGCACAGUUUUUCACAGGAGACUUGGGCAACGUCAAAUUUUUGCUUGAGCAGAGCUACAUCCAGGCUGAGGAUCCCAAGACUCUUGUGCACAAGUCUGAUGGUUGCGCAUGA